AUGUUUGAGAUCGUCCGCCGUGUCUCCGACACUGUCUAUAAGGUCGUCAAAAACGAGCCAUUCCCUUUGGUCCUUUCCGGCAACUGCUAUGCGAGCGCCGCGAUCAUGGCUGGUUCUAAUAAAGCAAGGCUGGAACAGACCACCUUGAGCCCAAGGCCCGGAGUCCUGUGGCUCGACUCACACGAUGACCUUGAUGCUCCUUCGACUCAUGAAAAUAGCUACCUCGACGCCGUGGCUGCCUCCAUGAUGACUGGGACGAGCUGGCAUACACUGAUGAAGACGGUUCCCGGUCACGAGCCAGUCGACGUCAAGCAGGUCCACUAUUGUGGGCUACGAGACGUAUCUGAGAUACAAGCCAAGGCUGUCAAGGAUGCGGGGAUGGAUGCAGUUUGGGGCAAGGCUGAUGCCAAGGUAGAUUUCACCGCCAGUCUUUCUCAAAUUCCGGAUCGGCCAAGCGAUGCUACGCAUGCCUAUACCCACCUAGAUUUGGAUGUUUUGGAUGAGUCGUUGGGUCGUGUGAACGAAUUUCGUUCUCCCGGUGGCUACCUACCUCAAGAUCUAUUGAGCUUGAUGCAAAUGAUCCCCCUCAGGGUCAAUUCCGCCUCUCUUGUCGUCUGA